GCUGUGUGGUUGUUUUUAAUAUUGUAAAGCGCUUUGAGCUGCACUUGUAUGAAAAGCGCGUCAUAAAUAAAAUAUUUGAUUUGUUGAAGUCAUAAAAUCACAAUGAUCUUAACAGAAAUAAAUUUAAAUCAUAAAAACAAAGUCAUAAAAUUACAAAUGAUCAUAAAACAAAUGAAAAAUAUUACAAAUUUGAGUUAAAAAAUAGCAAAACAAAAGAUUUUGGUAAAAACCAGCUUUAAAUAAAAGGGUCUUCAGCUGUUUUUUAAUGGUUACCAGACUGUCAGUACUACACAAGGUUACAGGAAGUUCAUUCCGAAGCCAGGGUGCAACAACCUGGAAGGAGCGAUCUCCUUGACUUUUAAAUCUGGUCUUUGGAACUUCUUGGGUCGGAUCAGAAGAAACAAAAAAUGAUAUAAUCCUCGGGUGGAGAGCAAAGCAGCGUCAGCGUCGUCGUUGCCCAUUUAGAGCUUUGCUUUAUGACGUCAUCUCCAUCAUCACGUGAUCAUAAGAUCAUAAGCGGAUUCUACAGGCAUUCAGUUCUCAGUGACGCACCGUCAGAGACAGUCGUGUUUGCUCGUUGUUCGAUAGUGUUUCAACUUAUCGUCUACGUGUUAUUUAGCAUUAUGGGAGACUCUUUUGCACACAAGAGUUACUCUUCAGCUCUGGUUAAAGAUUCAGAGACUUAUAUUAGCAUGGAACAACCGCAUUUGUCAGAGAAUCGUGGUUUAGUUUCAGCAACCAAACGAAAAGCCGUUUCAGACCCUGGACCUCCCACAAGAAGGAUUAAGGUUUCUGAUGAAGGCAAACUCUCUGCAAACAACCAGAAGAUUACACAAAUUGACAAAUUCACAAAGAAAUCCAUUUCCUUUGAUGUUGAGGGAUCUGAAAAUCCAGACAAGGAAUGCAGAUAUUUGGUUCCUGAGAAAGGAUCGUCCUCUGCCAAAAGGAAAGCUGUUUUUCAUCACGAACCUCCCACAAAACGGUCUAGGGUUUCAGGUGAAGGCAGUGUCUCCAGACAUAACCUGGAUGAGACAUCCAGAGUCUCAAAGAGGUCACUCUCACCAGAUGGUGAGGGAUCUGGAAGUCCAGCAAAGAGAAUCAGACUGUCUGAUUCUGAGAGUCCCUCGCCUUCAGCCAAAGAUCAGUUUGAGGCAAAAUACGAGCAAAAAGAUCAGCUUGGAAAGGGAGGCUUUGGAUCUGUUUAUGGUGGCUACCGCAGGGCAGACAAUUUACCUGUGGCAAUCAAACAUAUACCAAAGAAAAAUGUAGUCUGGACAGAUACGGACGAGAAUGGCCAGCAGCUCAGCAUUGAGGUAGCCGCCAUGCUAAAACUCCAGACAGAAUCAGCUGAUUCGGUGGGGAAGUCCGCUCCAAUUUCCCUCCUGGACUGGUACGAUUUCAACCAGGAACAGAUUCUAGUGUUGGAGAGACCAGUGCCUGCAGUGGACCUCUCACAGUUUAUUAAAAAUAACAAAGAGCCCCUACAGGAGAAUCAGGCUAAAACAAUUAUUAAACAGCUGGUUGAUGCCGUCAAACAUCUGGAGGACACCAACAUCUUCCACAGAGACAUCAAACCACGUAAUAUACUAAUUGAAACAGGAUCAGAAAUCCCGCGACUGCGACUGAUUGACUUUGGAGUGAGUUGUUUCACCAACACAGAAUAUGAAAACGGCCGGUUCUACGGCACAGCGAAACACGUCCCUCCUGAGUUUAUUUCAGAACGCAUUUAUAAGGCAGGACCAGCAACCGUGUGGCAGGUGGGAGUUGUUCUCUAUGAAAUGCUCCACGAAAAAACUAAAGUCUUCAAAGCUCUGGACCCAAUUCAACUGAGUCACCUAUCAUCUCCUACAUUUCCCUCAACCCACUGCAGGACUGAGCCCAAAAAAAGGCCCUGGCAGUGCACCAUAACUGUUUAUAUGAUAGGAUAUGCAAAGGCACACAACACACCAGAGAAUCAGCAUGUUGUAACUUUGCUUUAUGACAUCAUCAUGUUCAUCAUCAUCAUCUCCAUCAUCAUCUCCGUCAUCAGCUACCCCCAUUGUGCUCCGAGAGGAAACCAGUGGGCCAAUGAGGUAGAAGCCGAGGGAGCAGAAUCGGAAACCGAGCGCGCAGAAAGGCUGCCACCCGCAUUGAAAUCACUCAAGGUGUGUGGGGUGGAUGACCCUCUGUCAUGGUCCACAGCAAGAACAGACUGGUACUGCAGGGUAACGAUCCCUGUCUCAUUGCUGAGAAGUAACGAGGACUUUGGUAAAUUGGAGUACUUUGCUGUUCAGCCUGUUCUAGACUCCAGUCCGGUAGGUGGCGGUAAUGCACCUUUACGCUUGUUGUCAACCGCCCAAAAGUAUAAUGAGAAGAAAACGGGAAGCGUCUUCUGCUCCAUUUCCGAGAGAGUUUAUCAGCAAAAUCGUCUAAUUGCUGCUACUGUAGGAAUAUUCUUACUGGCUCAUGUUCUUAUUUUUAUUCUCAACAACUUGGUCCAGUGCACUGUGGCGGAGACGUGGAUCGCUCUACUCCAUCUACUUAGAUCACCAAACGCUCUCUUUUCCAGACUGGAUCUGUUCUCAGCUGAUUAG